AUGAGCUCGCUAAUAUCGGAAAAACACCCGUCCAGGGCUAACACGCCCUCGGCCCGCUGGGCUCAGGCCUCUGUCACCGAUACCAUUUCCGAAUUUGUCACCGACGCCAAAUCGGGUUUGUCCAACACUCAGGAUAUCUUGAAUAGACGCCUGAUCCAUGGAGAUAACGAGCUUAACCUGGACGAGAAGGACCUGUUGUUGUAUAAGUUCUUACAGGCCUUCAAUGAUCCGUUGAUUUUGCUUUUGAUCGGCUCCGCCAUCAUUUCUUUCUGGAUGGGUAAUGUCGACGACGCUAUAUCUAUUACCUUGGCCAUCACAAUUGUCGUCACCGUGGGUUUUGUCCAGGAGUACCGUUCGGAAAAGUCUCUUGAGGCGCUUAACCGUUUGGUGCCUGCUGAGGCCAAGUUGACGAGAAACGGCAACACAUCCACUGUUUUGGCGUCUCACUUGGUUCCUGGUGACUUGGUUCACUUCUCCCAGGGCGACAGAAUCCCUGCUGAUGUCCGUUUGACUGAUGCUGUCCACUUGACCAUCGACGAGUCCAACUUGACGGGUGAAAAUAGUCCCGUCAAGAAACAGCUCCACACUAAUAACCCGUCCGACCAUACUGGCGACGUGUCCAAGGACUUGCCUGUCACCGAACGUACUUCCAUCGCGUUUAUGGGUACUUUGGUGCGUGAUGGCCAUGGCCUGGGUAUCGUUGUGGCCACUGGCAGCCAGACUGAGUUUGGUACUGUCUUCGAGAUGAUGUCGGAAAUUGAAAAGCCAAAAACACCUUUGCAGCAAGCUAUGGAUAGACUUGGUAAGGAUUUGUCCGUGUUCAGUUUUGGUGUCAUUGGUACAAUUUGUUUGAUUGGUAUUAUUCAGGGCCGUGAAUGGUUGGACAUGUUCCAGAUUUCCGUGUCUUUGGCUGUUGCUGCCAUUCCUGAAGGUUUGCCUAUCAUUGUUACUGUCACCUUGGCUCUCGGAGUGUUGAGAAUGGCAAAAAGAAAGGCUAUCGUCCGUAGAUUGCCUAGUGUCGAGACUUUGGGUAGUGUUAACGUGAUUUGUUCCGAUAAAACAGGUACCUUGACUCAAAACCACAUGACCGUUACUAAGAUCUGGUCCUUCGACUUCAAGGGCUCUUUCAACAGUCCUUUCUUGGUCGUGGAGAAGUUGGACGACUCUACUCUUCACAACAAGUUGACCUCCAACAUCAGAAAAGUCCUUGAGAUCGGUAACAUUUGCAACAAUGCCCGUUAUUCUAACGAUAGCGAGAAGUAUGUCGGUAACCCAUCUGAUAUUGCCCUUCUAGAGGCUUUGCCACACUUUGGUCUUGAUGACGUCCGUGGCACAAAGGAAAGAGCCAGUGAGCUUCCUUUCUCUUCUGAUAGAAAGUAUAUGGCUGUGUGUGCCCACAGCGGUGACACCAACAGGUGCGAGACAUAUGUCAAGGGCGCUAAUGAGGCUAUUCUUAAACACUCGGACAAAUACUUAGAUGAGAAUGGAAAUGCCAAGCCCUUGACUGAUGCUUUGAAGGAAACUAUUCACGAUAGAGCCGUUGCCUUGUCAUCUGAAGGUCUUAGAGUGUUGGCUUUUGCCAAGAACAGCUCGAGGUUGAACGUUGAUAAAGAACAUACCGUUUCAAAGGAUUUGACUUUCUGUGGUUUGGUUGGUAUGAAGGAUCCUCCUAGACCAAACGUUGCCAAAUCUAUCUCCCAAUUGAUGAAGGGUGGUGUCCACGUCAUCAUGAUCACCGGUGACUCUCCAAGUACUGCCACAAACAUUGCCAAACAGAUCGGUAUUCCUAUCUCUGGUAGAGACUCCGUCUUGACUGGCGACCAAUUGGACGAAUUGUCCGAGGAGAGCUUAAGCAGUGCUAUCCAUAAUGUUUCCGUGUUCGCCAGAACCACUCCUGAGCACAAGGUCACCAUUGUUAAAGCUUUGCAAAGAAGAGGUGACGUUGUGGCCAUGACUGGUGAUGGUGUCAACGAUGCUCCUGCUUUGAAGCUUGCCGACAUUGGUAUUGCCAUGGGUAGAAACGGUACUGACGUGGCCAAAGAAGCCGCUGAUAUGGUUCUUACCGAUGAUGACUUCUCCACUAUCUUGAACGCCAUCGAAGAGGGUAAAGGUAUUUUCUACAACAUUCAAAACUUUAUCACUUUUCAGUUGUCCACUUCUAUUGCAGCAUUAACUUUAAUUGCUUUGGCAACCUUCUUCGGUUUGCCAAACCCCUUGAAUGCUAUGCAGAUUUUGUGGAUCAACAUUUUGAUGGACGGACCUCCUGCUCAGUCUUUGGGUGUUGAGCCAGUUGAUCACGAAGUCAUGAACAAGCCUCCAAGAAAGAGAAACGAAAACAUCUUAACUCAGCAGGUCAUAAAAAGAGUGUUGCAAAGUGCCGCCAUGAUCAUCAUUGGUACUAUGUACAUCUUCAUUAAGGAGAUGCAAGACGGUCAAGUCACCGCUAGAGACACUACCAUGACCUUCACCUGUUUCGUGCUAUAUGACAUGUUCAACGCGUUAUCAUGCCGUCACUACACUAGAUCUGUUUUCGAGCUUGGCUUCACCAACAACAUGUUCAACUUAUCUGUGCUUGGAUCGCUCUUUGGCCAAAUGUGCGCCAUUUACAUUCCUUUCUUCCAAUCUAUCUUCCAAACAGAAGCGUUAUCCCUCACAGACUUAUUCCAUUUGGCCUUCCUCACAAGCACUGUCUUUAUUGGUGAUGAAAUCAGAAAGUACUUGUUGAGAAGAAGAAACCAAAUGGCCACUGGCUACACUUACGCAGUCUAA